AUGUUCUACUACUAUUACUACUACUACUAUUACUACUACUACUACCAUACUACUACUAUACUACUACUAUACUCUUUUAUUAUAUUGCUCAGUGUCAAGCUGCAGCCUGUAAUGGGUGUCUGGUCAGGGUUUGGUCUGGGCCGUGAUAAGGCUAUAGACAUCAGCUCUUGCAGUGUUCUCUCUAUAUACUGCCCCAACACCAGCCCCAGUCCAGGCCUGAACGCGCGGUACAAGAGCGCAGGUCUGGGAACAGCCUAA